AGCAGUACUUUUGUUCGACGGUGCGAUGGUAGCUAACAGUUAACAGAAGGUAAAGACAGAACAGUUUGAAACGUAUAUAAGGAAAAGUGUCGUGACGUAUAAUUUUGGUUUCGCUUUUUUCAUUUCGCUUUUGCGAAAUCAAUGGUGCAUCUAUUGCCACAGAAGUAAUCCAAGAAAUUAUAUUUUCCGUGAAUUAGGAAACCAACGGAACAUACGAAUGUUACCAGUUUGCUAGAGUAUACGAUAGUUUUUGCUCGCGCUGAAAUAGUGCCUCCGCAAAUUUAUAAUUGACACGAAGUGAAGAACAAUCGUGUAAGCAUAUUUCUUUAUAGUUCUCAAUUAUUUUUCAACCAAAAAGACAAGCUGUUCUAUUUAGUUUUCAUUUAGGAGAAAACCCGAAAUUAGAGUCUCUUUGUGAGAAAUCUGAUUAAAUAUUUUAAGUGAAGAAGGACAACUUUUUUUAGUAAAGGUCAUUUUGGUUGUCAAAUUAAAAUCGAAUAUUGAGAAGUUUGAAGCUAAUAGUUCUGAAGGAGUUGAGUUCUGUCGCAGAUUAAUAUUAGCCGCGAAAUGGCACUCAGUCAAACGUCCGUGUUGAAACUUUAUAACACGGUUAUCGAUGAUGUGAUUGCCGGCGUUCGCGAUGCCUUUCUUGAUGAGGGAGUUGACGAGCAAGUGCUACAGGAGAUGAAACAUGUAUGGACAAAUAAAUUAAUGGCUAGCAAGGCGGUAGAAACAUCCUCGGAUUCACAAGAGCACCAGCCCACACUUCUAGCGAAUAGCACAAAGGCAAACGGAACAAAAAAGGCGAAAGCAGCUGCAGCAGCGGCUGCAGCCGCUGCUAAUCAAGAGAAUCAAAAUGGUACUACGAAAACAGUAUCCAACAAUACUUCAGCACCUCCGCUAAUCAAGCCGGAACCUGUAAACACUCAUGCUGACCCGCAGAAUAACCACCACUUACAGCAGACACAGCCGCCUCCUCUUGCCCAGACACAGCCACCUGUACAACAACCACAACCGCUUGCAUCACAACCCCCCGCACCACCAGCUGCAGUUGUAGCAUCGCUCGACCCCAAUAAAAUGGUGGCCAUACAAAUUACGUUACCCGCACAACCUAACGUGGCCAAUUCGCAGCCUCGUGUUCUAACAAUCCAAGUGCCGGCAUCAGCUCUUCAGGAGAAUCAAUUGCAACAAGUGCUCACGGGACCGAUAAUAACCUCAAUAAUGCCAUUACCACCACAAAUUGCCUCGUCAGUUUUACAGCAGCAUGUCAAUUCUCAUCUUCAGAAUAAUACAAUAAACACAAUACAAAUUCACAAACAAAUGGAUGGUGCCUCGGAUUUGUUUGAAUGGGAUAGCAGGUCACACCUAGAGCAAAGUGACAACAUAGUGUCAACGUUCACACUUUCCGAUGUGUUGGACCAACAGUUAGUAAAUACAUGGUCAUGCAAGGAUAACUCAUUACCGUCCUCAUCAACGUACCACACCAUUUGUCACACCAGAAUACCUAAAGGGCGUAGAUGUGAUGUUAUUAAAAUGAGUUGCCAGAUGGAUGGUGCUGUAGACACUUCAGACGAGGAAGCUAGUGACAUUAGUGAUGAUAACAUCGGAGACGAGGAUGAAGAUGAUUUGGACAAAGAAGAUGAAGAGGAUUUGGAUGGUGACGGUGGUGCGGAAGAGGAACCUUUGAAUAGUGAGGACGACGUCACCGAUGAGGAUGCAUCUGAUUUGUUUGACACAGACAAUGUUGUUGUUUGUCAAUACGACAAGAUUACCCGAUCUAGAAACAAGUGGAAGUUUUAUUUGAAGGAUGGCAUUAUGAAUAUUACUGGAAAGGAUUAUGUAUUCCAGAAAUCGAAUGGUGAUGCUGAAUGGUAGAUUAUCGGAUGUAACAUUAUCAGAAAGUGUACUGAGAAUUGAAACCUAUAUCAAGAUUAUUCACUGGGUAAUCUUGCGUACGCAACUGUAAAGUGAAAUGACUUAAACAUAAUUUAUCUAAAUGAUUUUUUUGUUGCUGAUAUAACUUUGUUUUCUUAAGUAUUCAACUUGGCAAUAUUUUACGCAAGGUAAAAUCUGUGAUUGUUUCUAUUUAACGUUUUCUGGAAACAAAUUAUUGCGGCUUAAUACGAAUGCAAGGAAAGGUGGAAGAAAAAUUUUCUAUUCAAUUCAGGAUUUCUUCAGUUGACUAAAAAACAACAGCACACCACACAAUUUAGUUAAGUUUUAUUGUAUUGCAUAUUGGUGCAAAAUGUACAACCAUGUAAAAAUUGAAAAAAAAAAAUCUGCACAGAUAUACUUUGAACUUCAACUUUGACUAGCUAUAAUCACAGAACAGAUAUGCAACUUCGAACAAAACUCUGCAGCAAAUUGGUGCCCAAGCUUUCGCAUUCAAUUUUUGCUGUUCCAUCCUACAUUGAUUUUACAGUGCAUCGUUCGAACAGUUCGCUCCAAUAGUUUGAACAUGAACCAAAAAACUAUUUUUUUCCUUUAAUAACCUGGCAAAAAGGUGAUCUUGAAUAGUUGAAUCUAUCAAAAUCAUGUUCACAGGACCGACCACACUUCACACAGGACCGCACUCAAGAGAUCUUUGAAGUGGAAAUUCAGUAACAAUUCACAAUCAACGUCAAUAGAACAAAUUAAACUAAAAAUCUUUCAACCAUUCAAACAUUGUCUAACAAAUUUUCUUGGAUUGGAUUUUAACCUGUUAGUUGAUUUACUUGAAUAUUUCCGUUGGACUUGGAAACCGAAUUUCUCGACCAACGACAAUAUUUUUUUCUCGUACCGUUUUUUUACCUAACAUUGCUAGAAAUGCAUAUCAGACGCGCUGUACCAGCACUGCCUACGACAUAAGGUACAAUAUAAAAAAAUAAUUGUCGUUAGUCAAGAUAUUCAGUUUUCAACUUGGGCAACAAUGAAAUUCAUUAAAAAUAUAUCUACAUAAAAACCGUUACACGUAUGCGGGUGGCACUGUACGUUUAUCAUGAAAAGGCACCCUCGCUAUACCAGCACCGGGGAGAACAAAGGAUUCUCUCGACGAAAAAGCGGCGAGAGCUCAUACGGUCCUUUUGUUGAAUGAAUGGAAUAUAAGCGUGAUGAAAUUUCGAGUGUAAAAUGCAUUCUCUCCACCGCUAGAUGUCGAUACCUAAAAUAAAGAGAUUCUGUCUCGUUUUUGGUUCUUCAGUUGAACAGAUGUGCUAUAAUUUUGUAUUAUUUUCGGGAUGUUUCUGUAAAAUGAGCAAGGCUAGGAUAGAAACAAAAUUGGCCUGAAAAAGCAAAAUAUUUUACAUCGUAGACCGAGUUGGUCUUUUACACACACUAAUACUAUCACUUAAAAAUAUGUAUAUCUCAAUGAGGUCCAUCAUCCAAUGUUUACGUUUGCUUGCACAAUUAAAGUACUCAAGUAAGGAGUCCUUGUGCUUGAUAUCAACGUUGUUAAGGUUGAGAAAACCAAUUAACAUAAAACUAUUAUGUGAAAUAUAAGCAUUUGCAAUCAGAAUAAUAACGCAGUUAAUCUGUCCGAAACGAUGAUAUUAUAAGUAUUCGUACUUUUUCUUAUUUAUUCGGUAUUCGACGUCGAAUGUUUUUGUGUUUUUUUUUUAUAUAAAUUUCUUCAAUCGUAUUGAAUAGCUUUGAUAUAUAUGUUUAAAAAAAAUAUUUUUAUAUGGUCGGCGUGCGACCAGACCGAACCAAGCGCCAUUUUUGAAAAAAAUUGAGUUUUUAACACCAGGUGAUGUUAGAAGUGAUAAUCUAUCUCUCAUGAAAAAAAGAAAUCAUUAGAACAGUUUAUAAUGGUAUUACAACAAAAUUUCCCCGCAGCAGCUUGCAGGAAACAUACGGAGUGGUAAAACUUUGAAUUGUAAUAUUAACGGAUUCAAGAUCUGCAUGUAAAAUGCUAUCUAUAGCUAUGGUAACGAGAAAUAGGUCAACGGUACUGAACGAAAUUCUGGAAAAGGCAGAAAAAUUUAAUGUAAGCUUCCACUCGAUUCCUGGACAUGCAAGGAUAACAGGAAAUGAGCUAGCCGACUUGUUGGCAGUCUGGAACCAAUGAUACAUCGGAAAUAACAAUCAAUAAAAAUUCAAAUUCAAUCAAUCAAAUUUUUGAAAAAGAUGCAUUCUUGUUACUUAAAUACUGAAAAAAAAAACAAACAGCUACGGAAUGGUAUAAAUUAUAAAACGUAUGCAGAGGAGAAAGGAAAAAAAAUAUUAUCAGAUACAGCAAGAACUAGGCGAGACACCGUGGCACUAUGGAAAAAGGAUUCAACAACACGGAAACAAGACUGUUGAAUAGAUUAGUUGCAUGGCAUGAUUUCUCCCCAUACUGGCUGGCGAUAAUAAAAAUUGUGCACCAAAGAUCAUGUGAAAUUUGUAACGAAGAAAAUAAUGCUGAACACAUUAUUCUAAACUGUGUAAAAUAUGAUAACGAACGGGCAGAAUAUUUUUUCGAAGGUCAAUUCAGGACGCUAGUUGAACUUUUUCAAAAGAGAGAUGUUUAUUUGUACAAAAAAGUGUGUAAAUUUAUAAAAGACUGCAAGUUGGAACUGUGAUUUGGAAAAUCGGUACCUUUGUGCCUGUCAUUUGUAAUUUUAUAACCAAUCGGUAAAAUGUGUUAUGUAUAUUACAGUACAUUUUUAAAGCGGCACCGAAGAACUGCCUUGGUAAAACAAGAAAACUACUAAAACCCGUAAGCAAAUUGUGAGUAAAAUUUGCAGGGGUGGUAAAGUGGACACCUGUUUAAAUCCCGACUAUUACGUUGAAAAAUAGUAUAAACUUCAUUGG